AUGUCGCAGAGUCAUACGCCGAAGACCAGAACAGCUAAGGCCGCUGCAGCUGCAAAGCUGAAGCAGCAGCUGGACGCUGAUGUGGAAAAUUACUCGACCAACUGGGAAAUCACCGCCGAUGCUGAGACACUGAAGGAGUUGUCGUCGUUGUCCCGCCAGCGUGAUCAAGUAAGUAUGAAGCUGACGCGGGUGCAAAGGGCACUUGCCACUGCCAAACACGUGAUCAGCCCUUCGCAGUUGAGGACGUAUUUGAAAAACAUCGACGACGCCUACAACGAAUUCAGUGCCGUGCAUAGCAAACUCAUCGCCGCAAUUCCGGAUGAAGCCUUCCGCCAACAAGAGGAGAUCUACGUUGCAUUCGAAGAGCGAUACAACCACGUCCGCACCGUCAUCGACGAAUUGAUGGUUUCCAGAGAGACUGAUGCCACCAGAGCUCCACUCCCGCAACCACAGGUAAUCGUGCAGCAGCAACCAUUAAAGGUCCCGAUCCCCACCUUCGAUGGAUCGUACACCAACUGGCCGAAGUUCAAGGCCAUAUUCCAGGACCUAAUGGCAAGCUCUGGCGAUUCCGACGCCAUCAAGCUGUACCAUCUAGACAAGGCGCUUGUUGGUGAGGCAGCUGAAGUUCUGGAUGCCAAGGUCAUCAGCGAAGGAAACUAUCAACAAGCAUGGGCCAUCCUCACCGACCGCUUCGAGAACAAGAGGAUCAUCGUCGAGACACAUAUCCGUGGCCUAUUCAAUAUCCCGAAAAUGGCUUCGGGAACCUGCAAGGAGCUUCGACGACUCCACGACGAGUGUACCCGCCAUGUCGAGAGUUUGAAGUAUCUGGAGCAGAAGUUCCUGGAUGUAUCCGACCUCUUCCUGGUCCACAUCUUGUCGUCGUCGAUGGAUCAAGCAACGAGGAUGGCAUGGGAGGCCACGCAAAAGAAAGGUGAGUUGCCAACGUAUGCGCAGACCAUUUCGUUUCUUCAGACAAGGUGCCAGAUGCUGGAGAAUUGUGAAAUGGCAUUCCAAAACCCCACCUCCCAGCCAUUGCCGAAACCGAGUUCCAAAGGUCAAGCACCAUCGAAGGCAGCUGGUGUGAAGGUUCAUGCCGCUGCGACCGAAUCGCAGAAGAAGGACAAGUGUGAUUUCUGCCAGGGUACACAUCGUAACUACCAAUGCGACGCAAUCAGCAGCCUGCCGUUCGAGAAAAGAAUUGAGAAGGUAAGGACAUCCGGAGUGUGCUUCAAUUGUCUUCGCAAGGGGCACAGUGCUAGAGAUUGUUCAUCGCCGAAGACGUGCCAGAAAUGCCAGAAGCGGCAUCAUACGCAGCUCCACAACGAGGAACUGAAACAAGAGCCGAAACCAAGUGUGUCCGUCCCAGCUCAGGAGAAAAGCCCUCCCAUCGACCAGAACAAGGUAUCCGUUUCGACCUCGACCAGAGAGACCCCGCAACUCUCGUGCAACUACGCCAACUCCACGAAGACCGUGUUCCUGCUUACAGCUGUUGUCAACGUGGUGGAUAGGAACAAUCGCCUUCAUCCAUGCCGUGCGCUUCUUGACAGCGGAUCACAGGUGGUGAACUUUAUCACAGCUGAUCUUGCGAACCGUCUCGGAAGCGAGAGACAACGUGUCGACGUGCCAAUACGAGGUAUCAACGACGUCAAGACUAUCGCCCACGACAAAGUUGAGGUAAGGUUCCGGUCUAGAGUCUCCGAAUAUCAAGCGCAGGUCCAGUGCUUGAUAACGCCCAACGUCACAGGAGUCAUCCCGUCAGCCAAAAUCGACGCUUCCUCCUGGAACAUCCCCUUUGGCGUUCAACUAGCAGAUCCAGAGUUCUACAAGCCGGAGAAAAUCGACAUGCUUCUCGGAGCAGAACUCUUCCUGCAGUUACUACGACCCGGCCACAUCAAAAUCGACGAAGACUUCCCCGAGCUGCGUGAAACCUCCCUAGGAUGGGUGGUAGCUGGAGUCUUCAGAGAGCGUUCCAUCGCCAACGAGGUACAGCACUCGCUCACCGCAUCGCUAGAUGACGUCGAGGAGGCAAUUCAGCGUUUUUGGAAAAUUGAAGAAGUGCCUGAUGCCAGCCCACUAACCAGCGAGGAGCAAGAGUGCGAGGCUCAUUUUCUCGCAACUCACCGUCGGACUGAAGAUGGACGUUACAUCGUGAGGUUGCCGUUCAGAGAAAACGCCAACGAACUGAAUGAUUGCCGUUCUGUUGCUUUGAAAAGGUUCCAGAUGUUGCAACAGAGACUUCAGAAGAACCCAGAAUUGAAGCAGCAGUACAUCGAGUUUAUGCGAGAAUAUGAGCAGCUGGGACACUGCCGAGAGAUACGAGAGGAAAACGACGAUCCGAAGCAGCAAAACUACUAUUUGCCACACCACGCCGUACUUCGCCCUUCGAGUUCAACCACCAAAUGCCGAGUGGUAUUUGACGCUAGCGCAAAGGCGAACGCAGCAAGCCUUUCGCUCAACGAGGUUCUUCAAGUGGGUGCAACGGUACAGAAGGAACUGUAUGACGUUAUGCUACGAUUCUGUAAGUAUAAAAUUGCAUUCACCGCCGAUGUUCCAAAGAUGUAUCGCCAGAUCAUCAUGGAUCCCCGAGACACGCAUUUUCUUCGAGUGUUUUGGUGCGAGCAACCAUCCGACCGCCUUCGUGUCCUGGAGCUUACCACGGUAACAUACGGGACAGCCUCCGCACCAUUCCAAGCAACCCGCUGUUUGCAACAACUAGCCGAGGACGAAUCAACAGACUACCCUAUUGGAGCCCGUAUCGUGAAGGAGGAUUUCUACGUCGACGAUGCCCUUUCGGGCGCAGACUCGCUUCCAGCUGCUGUUGAAGCAGUGAAGCAGCUGAAGGGCAUCAUGCAGAAAGGAGGUUUUUCGCUACACAAGUGGUGUUCCAACUCAAACGAGUUACUGGAACACAUUCCGACAGCUGAACAGGAGCAGCCAGCCGCUUUGGAAGAGUAUGGACCGAAUGGAGUGAUAAAGGUACUUGGCCUACUGUGGGACCCGAAAGCCGACAUUUUCCAAAUUGCCAGGCCAAUUCAGCGCAGUUUGAAGCAACCCGUCACGAAAAGGAUCAUUUAUUCCGAGGUGGCAAGACUGUUCGAUCCAUUAGGUCUUGUGUCACCAGUCAUCGUUGUUGCCAAACUACUUGUGCAGCGGCUCUGGCAAUGCAAGAUUGGAUGGGAUGAUCCGGUGAACGACCAAACGCAAAAGUUCUGGGAGGACUUCGCAAAUUCCUUGUCAGCUGUUGAUACGAUCGCUAUUCCCAGACGAAUUACCUUCGACGAAGCUGUAGACUACGAACUGCACGGAUUUGCCGAUGCAUCAUCAGUGGCGUAUGAUGCAUGUGUUUACGUACGAAACCUUUUUCCCGACGGAUCAGCCAAGUCGAAACUGGUUACCAGCAAAUCCAAGGUAGCACCGCUACACGAGUUAUCGACACCCCGAAAGGAGAUGUGUGCCGCACUAUUACUGACACGACUUGUUGAGAAGGUAGUCCAUGUCCUACAGAUGGAGUUUCGUCACGUCGUUCUCUGGUUUUUGUAUGCAACCGUGCUUACCGAAAUCGAAGCAGUGAUGAACUCAAGGCCACUGUUUUCAACUUCAUCCGAUCCAGCCGACGAAAACGUCAUAACUCCAGCCCAUUAUCUAAUAGGUCGUCCGUUAACAGCCAUACCGGAGCCGUCCCUAGAGAGCAUGAAGGUGAACCGACUGAAACGAUGGCAGUAUCUUCAGAAAAUGCGAGAGGAUUUUUGGAAAUCGUGGUCCAAAGAUUAUCUGUGCAGCCUUCAACAAAGACCGAAGAACGUCAGGAUCAUGGCAAACCUUCGCCCAGGAAUGGUAGUUGUAUUGGAAGACAAAUCGCAACCUCCACUCAACUGGAAGCUAGGACGCAUCACCCAAGUGUAUCCUGGUGCAGACGGAUUGGUACGUGCAGUAGAUGUAUUUUCCAACGGAAGUACAUAUCGCCGAUCGAUAAACAAGAUUGCAGUCCUGCCGAUUCAAGACAACGAGCCAUCGGAGAAAGCUGUUGAAACUUCGUGUCAACCGGGGGGAGUAUGUUCCGUAUGGAACGAGCCGAGUGACAAUAAUAACGACAAUCACGAAUAG